UACAUGCAUGCAUGGUAGAGCAUGCAAGAGGAUACUUCAAAGAAAUAUAAAACAAUUAAGAAAGCUGAUAACAUGCAGAGCCUCAAGAGGACACUUCAAAGAAAUUGCUUGUUGAAUUGGUCUCUUUGUAUUAAACUAAUUUCUUUAACGCGUCAGUACUCCCCAAUAGCAACUUUCCUUGCAGGUCCAUCCCAUGCAAGGCCUUAUAAAAUGUUGGUCCUACCUUGUCCUCUGUACGUAUUCAAAGCAAACAUAUCUUCCUUCUAUCCCUCUAGUGAUUCCUCAAGAGCCCUUUUACCAUUCCUUCACCAACCAUCAACAAAUGGCAGAAGCCAUUCUCUUCGACAUUGCUGCACGAAUCAUUGAGAGCUUGGGAUCUCAUGCUCUCAAAGAGAUCGGACUGCUUUGGGGUGUCACAGAUGAGCUUGAGAAGCUCAAGAACACCGUUUCGACAAUCCAAGCCGUGCUUCUUGAUGCUGAGGAGCAAUCAGCAGUUAACUGUCAAGUUAGAGAUUGGCUUGAAAAGCUCAAGGAUGUCGUUUAUGAUGCAGACGACUUGCUGGAUGGUUUCUUCACUGAACAUCUGUUGCGAGAGAUGAUGACUCGGGAUAAGAUGGCAAAAAAGGUACGAAUCUUCUUAUCCAAAUCAAACCAGCUUGUCUAUAAUUUUAAAAUGGGCCAUAAGAUUAAGGCGAUUAGACAGAAGUUAGAUGCCAUUUCAAAUGACAGGACGAAAUUCCACUUGGAUGAACGCCCUGUGGAGAUAGGAGUCAGGGCUAGGAAUACUCAUUCCUAUGUACCUGUCGGCAAAAGUUACUGGUAGAGAAGAUGACAAGAAGGAGAUCCUAAAAAGACUUCUUUCUGAUUCCGAGAACGUCGGAAUCCUUCCGAUUACUGGCAUCCGAGGAUUAGGAAAGACCACACUAGCUCAGUUCAUCUUUAAUGAUGAGGAAAUAGAUAAACAUUUUCAACUAAAAAUGUGGGCCUGUGUCUCUGAGAGCUUUGAAGUCGAAAAAGUUAUUGGAAAAAUCUUAGAAUCGAUGAAAAAAAAGAAGCCAGACGUUUCAGGAAUGGAUGCAUUGGGGCGUAUUCUUCGAGAAGAAAUUGGUGGAAAGAAAUACUUACUUGUGUUGGAUGAUGUUUGGAAUGAGGAUGUUAAAAAAUGGGAUGAUUUGAAAGUACUGUUGGAGGUUGGUGCAAGUGGCAGUAGAAUAUUAAUAACUACACGAAGUAAAAUAAUUGCUCAAAUUACCCAAACAAUUGCAGAAUAUUCCUUACAGUGUUUAGACGAACGGGAGUCAUGGUGUUUAUUCAAGCAAGUGGCAUUUGAGAAUGGACAAGAGCCUGUUAAUUCUAGAAAAGUGGAAGUUGGAAAGGAGAUUGUAGAAAAGUGUUCAGGUGUCCCUCUUGUCAUCAAAACAAUUGGAAGGUUACUGUCCUUGGAAAAUUCUGAAGAAGGGUGGGUUUCUUUCAAAAACAAUAAGCUGCAAAAAAUAAAAGAAAAUGACAUCUUACCAACUCUUAAGCUGAGUUAUGAUCAACUUCCAUCACAUUUGAAACAAUGUUUUGCUUAUUAUAGUAUAUUUCCAAAGGAUUACGUGAUGGAAAAAUCAAAAUUGAUAAAUCUCUGGAUAGCUAAGGGUUUUAUCAAGCCGCCCAAUCAAAAUGAAUGUCUUGAAGAUGUUGGUCAUGAGUAUUUCAUGGAUUUACUUUGGAGAUCCUUCUUUCAAGAAGCUGAAAUGGAUGAUUUGGGAAAUGUGUUUAUGAUUAAAAUGCACGACCUCAUGCAUGAUCUUGCAAGCUCAGUAGCAGGAUCGUUGAUCACCAGAUUAGAAUCUGAGGAAAAAAGUAUUAGUGAUCUGAAAACUCAGCACGUAUCAGUCGUCGGCAAUAUAGAUUUUUCCUUAGUAAUUCGAACUUCCUCGUCUAAAGCCAGUAAGACACGAACACUUCUUUGCCUUGGUGAAUCCGAGAAUUUGCAAGAUUUCUCAAGUACUUCAUGUGAAGCAAUCUUUUCAAGUUUAAAGUUCUUGCGAGUGCUGGGUUUAGAUGGAAGACAGUUCGAUUUAGUACCGAGUUCCAUAUGUAAGUUGAAGCAUUUAAGAGAUCUUGAUCUUUCAUGGAAUGAAAAAAUUAAGAAGCUGCCCGAUUCCAUAAGUAGACUGCAAAAUUUGUAUUCACUGAGACUCUCUAGUUGCUCGAGUCUUGAAGAAUUGCCUAGAGGAAUUACGAAAUUAGUCAACCUCAGGCAUCUUUACAAUGAUGAAUGUGAUAGUUUGACUUAUAUGCCACGUGGAUUGGGGCAAUUGACAAAUCUUCAGACAUUAUCUCUGUUUCGUUUCCCCAUUGAUUCGGCCCCAGAGGAUAUUGGCCAGUUAAGCGAGCUAAUUACACUAAAUAGCUUAAGAGGAGAAUUAGAGAUUUUGGGUUUCAGACAUGGGGAAGACGUCGCAUUAUUAGACUAUAAGGGUGCAAAUCUAAAGGAGAAACAACAUCUUCAGGUUUUGACUUUAAAAUGUUGGAGCAGAGAAAAUGUUAACGCACGUGAUGAAAAUAUGGCAUUUGAAGACUGGGUACCUCCCCCAAAUCUUAAAAAGUUGGACAUUGGUUCUUAUUGGAGUGUGAAGCUUUCAGAAGGUUUUUCGACACUCACAAAUCUCGUUGAAUUGUCGAUUUCAGGUUGUAGGAAAUUGAAAUAUUUGCCACCAUUGAGUCGACUACCCUCUCUUAAGAGUCUUUAUCUGUGGGAUCUUGAAGAAAUAGAGUACGUAUCAGAUUGUAGUGACAACAAUGAGUUAUCUUCUUUUUCUUCAUCAGCAUUCUUCCCAUCUCUGGAGCAAAUUGUCAUCAAUUACUGUCCUAAUCUGAAGGGUUGGUGGAGGAGGAGUGAUUCUUAUAAUGUGGAUGUCAAUACUACUGAUCAUGCUUUACUGCUAUUUCCUCGUCUUUCAGAAUUAAUAAUAGAGCAAUGCCCUAUGUUGACUUCAUUGCCAAUGUUUCCACAUCUGGAAGAAAAGUUAGUCCUAGAGAAUGCCAGCUGGAAGCCAGUGCAACAAACAAUAACGAAUGCCUCCUCCUCCUCCGCUUCCUCUACACCCAUUGCCUUUUCAUCUCCUCCUCUCUCCAAAUUGAAGACAAUAUUCUUAUCUGGUAUUCACGAUCUAGAAACACUGCCAGUGCAAAACCUCGUAUCUCUCCAGCAUUUGACGAUAGCUGACUGUCCCAUGCUUGACCUAGGUAACGAUGAGCACGGGAUGCAAUGGAAAGGGCUUAAAAGCCUCAUCUCUUUGGGGUUUACGGGUAUGCCGAAAUUGGUGUCUCUCCCUUUGGGGCUUCAACAUGUUACCUCUCUACGACGGCUCCAAAUCUCAGAUUGUUCAAGCUUGUUGGCUAUACCAGAGUGGAUCUGCAAUUGGGCAUCGCUUGAGGAGUUCACAAUUUCUAAAUGCUCUGGUUUAACAUCACUCCCUGAAGCAAUGAGUAGGCUAACCUCUUUGAAAACGUUGAAAAUUUAUGAUUGCCCCAUCUUAUUACGAAGAUGCGAACAAGAGAGAGGUGAGGAUUGGCCCAAGAUUGCUCACAUCCCAAAGCUGGACUUUCGUCUUCCUUACCUUGGCUGAUCGAGGUAUUUUUCUACCAAUUUUAUCUUUAUCCCCGCAUCCACCUUCUUCACUUGUCAACUUAUAAAAUUCUAUUUGCAUAAACGACUUCGAGUAAAGAAGAAACAGGGGAGAGGGAUUGAGAGUUUGUUAAAAAAAACUAAUGCACUGCGACUUCUACAAGUAAAUAACUUAGAGAAUAGUAAUGAGGCGGAAGAAGAGCAAAGGGAAGAAAUAUUGGAGGGGGUUGCGGAGGAGAUCCAGGAUUGGAAUUUGGGGCCGCAAUGUUGAGGCUGUAUAAUUUCAUGACAACAAUUUCAACAGGGCCUGCAUGUUUCUUAGCGUGGAAAGUGAUGAUGCGGCCAAUUGCGCGCUUUGAACUCCUUUAUUUGUGCAUGCUCUCCAAGAACAUUUUUUGCCAUCAAUUAUCUUGCAGCUAGCUGUUGCACAGAAAAUGAGGAUUUUCGAUUUUAACCUAUGCUCGGUAAUUUGUGGCAGCUUGUAACAUAUUUUCUUUCACCCUGAACGGUUAAUAACUCAUGUUUGCAGUGU